UCUUUCUCUCUCUCUCUUCUUCUUCUUCUUUAGAUUCGAUUUCGUUUUCUUGAUUCUCUUUGUCAUCUCCAAAAUCCCAGAAAAAAAAUGGGUAAUUGCUCGUCCAGCUCCACUAAAUCCACCUCCGAGAUCGCUCCCUUCGACUGCAUCAAAUCCACAGAUUCCGGCUCUGCCGCCGCCGGCAUACCCCCUCGGGUCUCCGCCCCGCAACGCCUCGGCGCCGCCGUCGUUGCGACGGCUUCCGACAAUGCCACCGGAACCGCCACCGUCAGAUUGUCGGGACCGCCGAGCAGUCUUGUCUGCUCUUAUGUCCGUUUCGCGCUUCUUCACAAAAGGGUUCCUCUCAGAUUCGUUCCCUCGGAAGAUCAGAAGCCGACAAUCCAAUUUGGGUCGGACACGGUGUCGGGAUCCAAGGAGACUCUGCUCGGGUUCAUCGACGAGAAGUUCCCGUAGCCGAGGUUGAUGAUGGGGAAGUUCAAUUUGGAGGGUUUCGACGAUUCGACGCCAUUGAUAGUUAGGGUUACUUGGUUACAGCACAAGAGCAUGGUGUGGCACGUGGAGAGACUGGCGAGGUGGGCGGAGGAUCUGGCGGCGCGUGGAGGGAGAAAGGCGGCGGAUCCUUCGGCGGGAACGCCGAAGAUGGAGAUGAGGAAAUUCGGGAAGAGCUAUUCCCAGCUUCAGGAGCUGAUGCUUGAGCAUGCUCAAAUGGAGGAGAGAAUCCUUUUCCCUGUUCUCGAAACCGUAGACCGAGGGCUGUGCAGAUCUGCAAACGAGGAACAUGGAAGAGAACUUCCGAUCAUGAAUGGGAUCAAAGAAGACAUCAAAUCCAUCGGAGUCUUGAACUCCGGAACCUCUGUCUGUUCAGAAGCUCUCUCUAGUCUCGUUUCCCGUUUCAACACAUUACAGGAGAGGUGUAAAGGGCACUUUGAGGAGGAAGAGAGGGAUCUGUUGCCAUUGGUGGAGGCGGCGGAAAUGGGGAAAGAGCAGCAGAAGAAACUGUUGAACCAAAGCUUCCAAGUGAUGAGAGUGACUCAUUCCCAUCUGUUCGACUUCUUGCUCGAGGGCCUGCUCCCCGAGGAAGCUAUGCAGUAUCUCGACUUGAUCAUGAAAUUCGGAGAUCCAGAUCUGAUCUCAUCCAUCCUUUGCAGAAACAUCGAGUAAGAUCUUUGUCGGUAAAACUACGUUUGUGGAUGUGUAAAUAUAGGCGAGAGACCGAUUCGUUUGUGCUUUGGUUUAGCCGAAGAAGAAAAGGUUAGAAGAACAGGACAGAACAUACUAUGUGUGGGAUGAGUUACGGUGUUUCUUGUGUUCUUAGUUGCAGACCGUUGUUACCGCAAAUGCCGUUCUAUAUGCGUUUCAAACGCUUGGUAUUUCUCAGAUCGGUUUCAAGUUUGAACCGGUUUACCGGUUUCAACCGGUUAUAAUCAAUCAAUAAACCGGGUAUACUGCC